CUCUGAUCCUACAAAGAUCAGACAUUAAAUAAAUAGACGCUGAGCUCUGGAAGGAAUGCUUGUUUAUAUUCCAGCGUUUAGAAAUAUCCUCAAGCUUUACACUGGCAUGCGCUCACUAAGGCCCACUUGUAAUGUAGCCUACUGUCUGGGUCCUUUGUCAAUUUGGUGCCGUUCUGGAAAUCCCAGGCUCUGACUGACUAUUCCCUGUCUACUAGAAGUUAGUUAGUUACUGCUUAUAAGCGGAAGAGAAUAGUAAGGCUUUCAAAGAAGAUAUAAUACUUUUUUGCAAGAAAUAAACUUUGAAAAGGAUUUGACUGCGACCCGACCCGGAUGCAGUCUAGGGAUACUGGCGUGUUCGGGACGAGAUCGAGGCACUGCACUGCCUGAGCUCGGGGAGGGGAGCUGCCUGCUGGAGAGAGCUGCUGGGCGAGGGAGCGAUUUACUGCAACAAGACAGGGCGACAGCCAGAACAACUUCAGCACGCCUAACUAGUUACUAGGUAUUUUCAAAACGGACAGAAAACAAGGUCGGAAGUCAGAGAGGGAGCUGUAUAUAACAUUUACUGGCUGAUAAAGUGCCACAUUGGUCACGUUCGUAAAGUGAUUUUUUUGCGGGGCGACAGAUCGGAGGAGGGACGGGAGUGUGAAGCACUUUGAUGUGGGCUGCUGAUGGUUGUAACAGUGAGGAGAAGGGAUUUAAAAACUUUCCUAAACACAAAAACAAGGGAUUCGUGGCAAUAUUUCCCGAAAUACAUCUCUGGUUUACCCACGAAGCUUUUCCUCUGCUGAUGUGAGAGGACCAUGAUGAGGACAGGCCAUGAUGAGGACAGGCCAUGGUGAGAAGGUGUGACUCAGGACCCAGCGCUGGGGAGGGCACCUGGAACAUUGAUGGAUACUGGAUAUAGAGAUCAGAUGGUGUUCUGAACGAGCCAUGGGAAGCUACUGUAGCUGUCCUGACAAAGACUCCAUCCCUGAUAAGCAUCAGAGCAAAUUCAAGGUGAUAAAUGUGGAUGACGAUGGUAAUGAGUUGGGCUCAGGCUUGAUGGAGCUGACAGAGGAGGAGCUUAUCCUCCACACCAGGAAACGUGACACUGUCAAGUGGCCUUACCUCUGUCUGCGUCGCUACGGUUACGACUCCAACCUCUUCUCCUUCGAGAGCGGGCGACGAUGCCAGACUGGACAGGGUAUCUUUGCGUUCAAGUGUGUGAGAGCAGAGGAGAUGUUCAACGUGCUGCAGGACAUCAUGCACAACAACAGCAUCAGUGUGGUGGAGGAGCAGGUGGUGGAGCUCAACCCUAUAGAGUCUACUGAGCUGACCCGCAAACCACACACUGCUGCUGCUGGCUACUCUGUACCUACGUUACCAAACGGUAUGGGACGCUACCCGUCGUUUGGUGAGGCCUCGUCACGCCCUUCUAGCCGACACCCGUCUGUAGGCAGCGCCAGGCUGCCCUCAGUGGGAGAGGAGUCAUCACACCCCCUCCUGGUCUCAGACCAGUCGGUCCACACCUACGUCAACACUCCUGGUAUACAGGAUGACCGGCGCACUCGCCCCAGCAGCCACACCCCCUUGGAACUGCGGCUGUCCAAUCCGGAGACGACCUCCUCGCUAGCCACCGCCCCUCCGUCUCCCACGGAGACAGACAUGGAUACGGUGCCUCAGGUGCUGCUGGAGCCAGAAGGGGUUAAAUUCAUCCUGGGUCCCACCCCGGCUCAGAGGAGGCAGAAGCAGACCUCUGGGGAUGAGGACGGGGAGGCUGGGUCCAGAGAGAUGGCGCUUGGGGUGUCUGGGUCUAACGGUGAGCCCAGCUUGACAGCUCCCUCUGGGGGUCUGAACGGGAGUGGGAACGGCUGUGUGGUGGGCGCCACCCUGGGUCUCCAGGCAGGAGACUGUGAUACGGGCUAUGACAGUGAUGAACGCAAAGACGGCCCCCCUCCCCCUCUUCCUCCUAACCCAAACCCUCCACCUCACCCAGGGCCCAAACCCAGCACCAUCUCCAGCUAUGAGCACCACAACGGCAACACCACCCAUCCUUAUGUCUCCACCCCUGUUCCAGCCCCCAACCCCCGGCGUAACCGCCCCGCCAUCCCCCUCCCUGACUCCUCCCACAAUGCCAACAACUCCGCCCAGCGGCGCACGGCGCUCCUUAACUACGAGAACCUCCCGGCGCUGCCGCCGGUGUGGGAGACCGCCAGGCGCUUCUCCGAGGGAGACGAGGAGGAUGAAGAGGAGGUAUAUCACGGAUAUGAACCAAAGACGCCCUCCCUUAACGGCUACCACCACCACCAUCAUCAUCACCUUCAUCACCACGGUCUGGGUCUGGACCCCAUGCACAACUACGUCAACACAGAGAAUGUAAAUGUCUCGCUCAGCGCCAAACUGGACUCUGCGCGGAUCCUUCCGCGGGGGCGGGACUCUAGCGGCGUCUGUUUGACUCCCACCGUCUUUAACUUUGACUUCCGGUCGGGGCGAUUGGCGGGUGGACCGUGUGGUUUGGGGUUGGAUCCCCUGAGGCAGCUGAACUACAUUGAGUUGGAGAUGGAGAAGGGUUCAGACUCCAGUGGGCCACAGACACCCAAGACCCCCACCACUCCCUGUGGAGUCGGCCUGGGCAGUCUCCUCCUCCCCCCCUCAACCCCCACACGGCGGACCGAACUGUAUGCCAUGAUCGACAUUGAGCGCACGGCGGCCAUGUCGAGUCUUCAGAAAGCACUGCCCCGUGACGAUGGUACCUCUAGGAAAACCAGACACAACAGUACUGACCUUCCUAUGUGAACUUCUCCACGCCCUACCAUACCUAGCCUACCAAGCACUGUCUGGAUCUCAAAUGGAACCCUAUUCCCUAUAUAGUCCACUACUUUUGACCAGGACUAUUCAUAAAGUGUCUCAGAGUAGGAGUGCUAAUCUAAGAUCAGUUUGACCUUUUUAGACAAUAAGGAAUCAGAUGACCUGGACGGGGGGGGGAUCUGAUCCUAAAUCAGCCCUUCUACUCUGAGAUGCUGAGUGCAUAACGACCCAGGGCCCAUAGGGUUCUGGUCAAAAUGAGUGCAUAACGACCCAGGGCCCAGAGGGUUCUGGUCAGAAUGAGUGCAUAACGACCCAGGGCCCAGAGGGUUCUGGUCAAAAUGAGUGCAUAACGACCCAGGGCCCAGAGGGUUCUGGUCAGAAUGAGUGCAUAACGACCCAGGGCCCAGAGGGUUCUGGUCAGAAUGAGUGCAUAACGACCCAGGGCCCAUAGGGUUCUGGUCAGAAUGAGUGCAUAACGACCCAGGGCCCAGAGGGUUCUGGUCAAAAUGAGUGCAUAACGACCCAGGGCACAGAGGGUUCUGGUCAGAAUGAGUGCAUAACGACCCAGGGCCCAGAGGGUUCUGGUCAGAAUGAGUGCACUACGUAGGGAAUAGUGUUCCAUUUGGGACGCAACCACUGUGGUCGUCUUCAGUUUCACCUUCAAUCUGACCCUUGUUGAUGUUGUCAUACUUUGUUAUACCUCCAAACUGAAUGAAAAAAACAACAACAUUUGAAGACAGAAGGGCUGUAGAUUUGUUGCAAUACAUUUCAAAAACUGAUUUUAAAAUGUCUUAUUACUUCACAAGGAGUUACACUGUGUACUGAAAGUAGCCUGGGCCCACAUCUGUUUGUGCAGUCUUUGUCAUGACAAGGAGUGGCAUGAUGGCACAAGCAGACUGGUACCCAGGCUAUACUGAAAGCUUACCUGAAAGGGGAGCGACGGUAGACCAGGUACACACCAAUAUAACACUAUUUUAUUCCUGAGG